AUCAUACUUGCUUACAAAUCUUAUUCGACUCAUCCAAACAUCUUUAACAUUGAUUGAGGCUCUGCUCUGAACAUCGCUGUUGAGUGAACUAGGCAUCCGCUUGUCGUGGUACCUGAAACUGCCUGAUCGCUGCCUACGUGAUUCAAACAUAAAAGUUAGCUCUCCAACACACAACUCACACAGCCAGCCUCACUACAAUCACCGUCGCCUCACAUCAACAACAACGAACAGCCAAAACAUGGCCUUCACAAACACCCCACUCUUCGGCGGCGCCAUAACCGUCGACCUGCCAUCAAACUUCGGCGACGCAAGCCAGAUCCGACAAAUCCCCGACCACCAGGAAGUCUACCUCGACAACGACGGCUACUCGUCCAUCGUCGUUGAGAUCCUCGAGUACGUGCGCAAGCCCAGCGAUGGCGAGGCGUUGCAGCAUCAUUUCGCGGACCUCGUAGACGGGACGGGGGACCAUACGAAUAUACUAGUUCAGAGCGAUGAAGCUAUGGCUAAGGUACCUGGUAAACCAGUGCUUGCCUUGACGUUUAUCCAAACACCGCAGCCGGAGCCGCGACGCAAGAUACCGGAGUUUGUGUACGUGCAUCUAUUUCUGCUGCGGUUGAAGGAGAAGGCGACGGAUAUGAUGGUUUCAAUCAACGUUCCACAUUACGCGGGCGAGUAUGAGAAGGCGCAGAACGGGGGCGAGACGAAGUUGAUGAAGGAUAGCGCGACGGUGCGGAGUCAGAUCUUGCAGAGCUUUGAGAUCAAGGAUUGGGGGUUGUUUGAUGGAUAGGGGAGGCUUGGUGGUGGUGGGCAAUGGGAUAUAUAUGACAAUAGACCUCAUACGCAGAAUCAAGGAUUUUGGAGAUAGAUGGAAUGUCAAUCACUUGACUUUGUUUUGAAU